AUGACGCAUUUUCCUAUCCGGCCAUUCCCGGCAAUCCGGUGCUCGAUCCGGCCAGCGACGCUCCUGCGCGCACAGAUCUCAGCCGAUUCAACGAGCCGGAUUUCCAGCGAUGAGACUUCCACAGCUCAGCUUCUUCUCGGCGGUGCUAAGGCGACAAGCAUUGCCAGCGCCGUUUGGAAGGGAAUCGUGAGGCCUGGCGACACUGUGGUGGAUGCGACGUGUGGGAAUGGAAUCGAUACGCUGCUCUUGGCUCGACUGGUGUCCCCGGGCUCUCUUCUCGGGCGAGUCUAUGGAUUCGACAUCCAAAAGGAGGCGUUGGAGAGAACUUCUCUUCUACUCGAGCAGCAUCUAACUCCCGAGCAAAGAAACCGAGUUGAGCUCUUCCAUCACUGCCACAGCAAGAUGGGCGAAGUUCUAAAGGAUGUUCGAGCGAGGCUUGUAGUCUACAACCUUGGAUACCUUCCACACGGGGACAAGGAGCUCAUCACUCGUGCUCCAACCACGAUCCAAUCGCUCCACUGCUCGCUCGAUUUGCUCCAGCCAGGAGGGCUCGUGAGCGUGAUAUGCUACGUUGGGCAUCCCGGAGGCCAGGAAGAGUAUGAAGCUGUGAAAGAAUUCGCCUCUCUGCUGCCACCCUCCGAAUGGAUUUGCACACAUUUAGAGCAGCUCCACAGACCGCUGGCUCCGCAUCUCAUUCUCCUGGCCAAGAAGGUAACUCAAUCAACCUUGGAGAAAGUGGAAAAUGACUGUUCUAGUUUUUCUUGACGAGCAACGUGAUCGAAGAACAAGCUCAAGCUUUCAAAGAUUUUGUUGGUGUCCAUGCCUCCAAUAAGUAGAAUCCAGAAAUGCUUGUCCAGCGGAAGAACUUGGUGAUAUUAAGCUCUCGAAGUUCUUCCGAGAACUUUGGAAGUUAGCGUGUUCUUCCCAGAACGUUGGAGGAAUUCCAAGUAAAGAGUUUACCAGUAA